AUGCAGACGCAAUGGCCAGUGAUCGAUUAUAUCGGUAUGGUUGAAGAAAUCAACGCUGCAUAUAAGCUCUCGUAUGAUACACAGCAAGCAGCGGUUUGCUAUCAGAAAUGUAAUGAUUUGCUUUUUCAAAUUAAGGAACAUGGAUAUCUUUUCAUCGCUCACACACAUCUCGUUCUCUCUCUUCUAGCCUCCUUCAAAGAUCCCAUCUCUAUCCAACAACACAUUCAAAUCGCCCUCCUCCAAAUCCGCAAUUUCCUUUCCCUCCCCGAAAACGCCUGCAGAAUCGGUGUCUACGACCCCUCCGAUUGCACCCAUGCAUUCUGUCUCGACAAACCCCACGCCGACAUAAAACUCAUAACUCAAUAUCAUCUCUUCAUUCUUGCUCUCCAACAAGAACAUUCCGACAUGUUCUCCACACAGAGCUGGAAAUCAUGGGACACGACUUUCAAAGCGAUAGGCAAAGGAGAUGAUGAAUUUCGAUGCGAGAAUUACGAAAUGGAAGUCAAGAGCGCGGAAACGGGACUCUAUGAGAUGGAACCUUUUCAUAAGCUGAUAUUGCCGAAGAUUGCGAAGACAGAGCAUGAAAUUGCGAGUGAGAAGUGGGAGAGGGGUGCGAGGUGGUGGAGAUAUAUGAAUAGAGAGUUAGCGAAGGGACAUUCAGGAGAGGAUGUGCGUGUUUUAGGGGGAGCACAUCUUGCGCCGUUCUUUUUGAUGGGAAUUUUUGGAUUCUGGGAUAGUAUUGAAAAAGUUGCUUUGGGUGGGUUUAGAGGGUAUGGGGGCUUGAGUGGAGAGGGAGUGGGAUGGUGUGGUGAGGGUGACAUCAAAAGGGAGAGCAGAAGGGCGGCGGAUAAGGAUGGAGAGAGAUUGGAGAGAACUUUUAAUCGGGUUCAUCUUACUGGUUAUUGUAGGACCACGCUGUCUUAUACGCCGAAGAUUUUUGAUUAUAGGGAUUGUGUGUGUGUACAGCGUAAGGAGGUCUAUAGCAAUUGUUCUGAGAGAGAUAAAGCGAUAGCGGAUGCAGAGAUGAGGUUUCAAGGGUAUGCUAGCACGAGUGGAUGUGGGUAUCAGUGGGAAUUCUGA